UCAGGUCCUCACACACAAGAAAAGGUCCUCCUUAGUCCUUCCUUCCCUCCCUCACUCACACACACACACUCUCUCUCUCUCUCUCUCUCUCUCUCUCAGCUAUCGGCUCUCGGCUCAACAAAGAUGGCUCGGGGAAGAGGCAGUGCAAUGGUUGUUGCUACGGCUUUGCUGUGCAUGCUGCUGCUUCAGUCAGAGAUGGCUCAUGCAGCGGUCUACACCGUCGGAGGUGCCGGCGGCUGGACCUUUAACGUUGCUGGCUGGCCCAAGGGAAAGCGCUUCCGGGCCGGCGACAUACUUGUGUUCAACUACAGCCCUUCAGCGCACAACGUGGUAGCUGUAAGCAAGGCGGGAUAUGACGGGUGCUCGACCCCACGAGGGUCCAAGGUGUAUCAGACUGGAAAAGACCGGAUCAAGCUUGUGAAGGGGCAGAACAGCUUCAUCUGUAGUUUUACCGGCCACUGCCAGUCUGGCAUGAAAAUUACUGUCGUUGCUGCGUAAUUAUCGCUAUGUUUUAGAAAUAAGUAUCGGAGCUUUAUAUAUAUGUGUGUGUCGGUGCUGGAUCUCUGUCUAUGUUUACCAGCCUCACUACUACUCAGUGUACUGCUAUGUACUGGAUUAUAAUGAAAUAAACAACUGGCUUCGUGUGAA